GGCCCCGCCCCCCGCGCUCCGCUUAAAGGAGCCGUCACCGCGCUCGCGUCCCCCUCGGCUUCCCCGCCCCGCUGUGCCCCGCCGCGCCCGUCCCCGCCGGCGCGGGGCCCGCUCCUGGCGAGGCGGCGGUGGCGGCCGGCGGCGCGGCGCCGCCAUGGCGCUGGAAGCGGAGGCGACCGGGGCGCCGCUGAGCUCUUUCCUGAGGGACUUCCCGUCUCCGCUGGGCCCGGGGGAGCCGCUGCCGUGGAGCUCCGCGGGCAGCGGCGCCCUGAGCCGCGCCGAGGUGCCGGGGGCGCUGGCCGAGCUGGCGAGGGGCCUCUUCGGCGGCAGAGGUGUCUCGCCACUUCUUGCAGCAUCAUUGAUCCAUGUUGCAGUUGAAGAAGUUCUCCGAAUAGACUUUACUGAAUUUAAGAAGCAAAGCGUGGAAACGGAGGAAGAAGGAGAUGAGGAAAGGUUCACCUUGCUGGAUGGAGACUCUUUGCAGCGUUGCUUCUUUAACAAGCUUCGGGAUGUCUGCUUUGAAUGGCAGAAGCAGUUGCCACCACUGAGACCACUGAAGCGUUUCCUGCUCGUUUCCAUCCAUGCCAUCCGUAACACUCGACGGAAAAUGGAGGACCGCCAUGUUUUGCUCCCAGAGUUCAAUCAGCUGUUUGGUUUAUCAGAUGACAUUGAUCGAGCUUACUUUGCCGUAUUUGAUGGCCAUGGUGGAGUGGAUGCUGCCAAUUAUUCAGCAACCCAUUUACAUGUAAAUGUUGGGCUACAUGAAGAGAUUGUUAAGAAUCCAGCUGAGGCCUUGAAAUGCUCUUUUCAGAAGACAGAUGAAAUGUUUCUUUUCAAAGCCAAAAGAGAGAGGCUGCGGAGUGGUACAACAGGUGUAUCUGCCUUGAUCGUAGGGAACAAGUUGCAUAUAGCCUGGCUUGGGGACUCGCAGGUUAUGCUGGUGCGGCAGGGAAAAGCUGUGACCUUAAUGGAACCUCACAAACCAGAAAGAGAAGAUGAGAAAGCCCGUAUUGAGGCUCUGGGUGGCUGUGUAACCUACAUGGACUGCUGGCGGGUUAACGGUACCUUAGCUGUUUCCAGAGCAAUUGGUGACCUGUAUCAGAAACCCUACAUCUCUGGUGAUGCAGAUGGAGAUUCACUUGAGCUGACUGGUUCUGAAGAUUACUUGCUCCUAGCCUGCGAUGGAUUCUUUGAUGCUAUCAAACCAUAUGAGGUUGUAGACUUGGUCCUAGAUCAUUUAAUGCAAACCAAAGGAGUAGGUCUCAAGGCAGCAGAAAGACUAGUGGCUGCUGCAAAGGAAAAUGGAUCCAGUGAUAACAUCACUGUUCUAGUGGUGUUCUUGAGGGACCCUCAGGACAUUUUGGCAGACUGUCUCAGAGACCCUAAGAGCCUUGGGGCUGGUGAGGAUGCUCGGAGCUCAGCCUUUAACUUCCUCAGCUGUGAGGCAGCAGCCACACAGUGACAGAAUCUGUUUAAUCCAGACCAUUGAAAUAAGUUAACUUAAGGAAUUGCUUUCCACUGAAGAAGCCUCUAAUAUAAUAGGCAAAACAUAAAAUGACAAAUGGACAAACAUUUAGCCAAAAAACAAGCCUCCUUUUAUUGAGUUCCCACUUAUCUUUUCUUCCCCUCCCUUCAAAAACUGCUGAGCAGGCUUGGAGAUUUGUGCAGCUAUUUUUUCCCUGGGAACAGAUUCUAAAGUGUGUCUCAGGGCUGCCGGUCAUAUCCUUCUGCCCUGGAAGUGGUAAGAAACCAUAAUAUGUAUAAGCUAAUGGGUGAGAAUGCUUAUUUGUGAAUUCUGAGUGAAACUUUAAAUUAGUGCUUAAAAAGACUGCUGUAUGUUAUAUUUAAUUUUGAUGUUACUUUGGGGAUUGGGAGGAGAGAAGCUGUACCAUCAAAGAGAAGCUUGUUACUGUGUGUGGCCUGUAGGAACAGGCUUGGUGUACCAGAGAACUGGGUGACCAGAAGUAGCAGCCCAUGUGUUGUAUUAGUUACUUUUGUUUCAUACCAAAGGUGAUAUUAAGAGAAUGUUGUGACCUCUUUCCUCAAACAGAGGUUAAAUUCUGUGUGUAUGAGGAGGGGAAAAUGAAGCUGAAUGCUCCAGAGAGAGAGAGCAAGAAAGCUAUCCAGAAAUGUCCCCGGCAAAAAUAAUGCUAAAUCAGCUGCUCUUUGGGAUGCUCUAGUUUAUAAACUGGAAUCCAAUACUUAACUGCACUGGAUUAUUUUUCCCUAGCAAACAUACUUUCUUGGCUAUCUGGCAACCUGGAAAGAAAGGACACUUACAGAUAUGUUUGAAAGAGGUCCUUUACAGGUUGUGUACGGUCUACCAGUAACACAUGUUCUCUUUCUGCCAUAUUUUUGUGUACUAUAACCAGUGAAUAUUUUAUUUUUAUUAAGGAUUUAUUUGUUUAUUUACUGAACUUUACUUAUGGAGGAUUUCUUGCAGUGUUACUUUAUUUUGUUGUGGUUUUUAUUUAAAUCAGAAUUGUAAAGUGGCUAUGUCUUUAUUAUCUGUUUUUAAAAACUGACUACCCUCAAGUGCCUUAAAUAUUUCACCCAAGGAUAGAGAUCGCUGGCUUCCUAUCAUAUUCUGGUGAGCCACUUUAUAAUGUUUUUAAAAUGUGAUUCUUUUUUUUUUAUUUCAUUAAUAUUAAUCUUUAAUGCACUUAACUGUUUUAUUUUUGUGAAUGAUUUAGUGAGAACUGGGUUUCAGGAAAACAUCUCAUUCAGUAUUGCCAAAUCUUUUGGCUUGUAGUAAAAGCUUCACAAUACUUACUGUGAUUUUUUUUUUUUUUCACUCCCCGCCCUUCCCCCCAGCAAAAAUCGUAGUUCAUCAUAAAGUAACUAGCUGAUUCAUCGUGACUUUCAUUUAAAAGCAAAUAUUCUGACCUUCACAAGAAAAUUUAGUAACACAGACUUAAAACUGUCUAGUAACAGAAUUUUGAUCUUAAUAGAUUAAACAUUAAUAGAUGCUUAAUGUUGGCCGUAUAUCAUCAGCUUUUUGUGUCCAAAUAACUUUUUAAGGAGAUGUGAAGCUAAGAAAAGGACGAAAGAAUUUUAAUCAACGUGUAUGUCAUUGUAAAAGUGUUAUAUCCAUUACAUGUUAGAGCCACUGGUUGUGUUUUAAUGCUGCCUUGCUGCUGUCCAGCAGGAAUCUCAACAAGAUCUGAAUGCUUAGUGGCAAAUGUGUUAGUGAUUUCUGUACCUAAACAAGAAGUGCUUUACAUCUGGUGGUGAGAUUGUGUGCCUAAUGGAGAAGCACAACAUCGCAAUAUGUCAGUCCUGUUGAUUAAAAUGUGUUGAAAAUUAGCGUUGUUUAGGAGGAAAUUUAGGUAGAAGAGAUGACUAAACAAAGGCAGAACAGAGCAGUGCUGUUCAUGUCCACACUGUCUCUGAAGUGUCAGCUAGUGUAGGAUAGUGCAGUUACCUGAGCGACUUGAGCCUUUUGCCCAAUUGCUGUGCAAUUUAACACAGCAACUCUUCAGUGAGCUGCCAUCUCAUUACAUAGCACCUGGGACAGGGACUUUGUUGUCUUGCUGUGGAAAUACAGUAGCUUUUCCAUUGGGAAUGUUGUAACCACUUUUGCUGCCCUAAAAUAUGUGGGAAAAACUUUCUGUGACAGCAACCUGGUAGUGUAGGUGUUAAUUUUUGUACUGAACCUACUUCAGCUAAAGAAGCCUUCAGAUUGGCAUAGUGAUCCCUUUGGGCUACUGUCUUGCAUCUCUGUGGUUUCUAACUCUGAUACUCAGUGCCAUGCUGAAUUCUGAUGACCACUAGUGCCUCUUGGUGCCUCGGAAAUAGAGGUCUCAUUAUUAAUAUAGUAAGAGUUGCGCAGAAUUGUCUGACUUCACUGCUCUCUAAAGUUUGUUAUCAGAGGGUGAGGGAGAAGCUACUGUAUCCUUGAAGGGAGCUGUGAAAUGUUGGUAAGCUCAUAGUAUGGUUUAGUUCCCAAAAUUUUGCCAGUUUUCUGAAACAUAGAUGGAACUGAACAGGCCAAGCUCUCUGUAAUUAUCCUUCUAUUUCAACCUUUUUGGGCAGAUGGAGAAAAUCCAAGUCUUAUAAUGUGUACUUACAGCCAUAUGAGAAUAUCCCAUCAAAUUUGAAAUGAAUAAGAUUGGGGGGGGGGGGAGGGGAAGAGCUAUGUGUGAAAUGCACAUUUAGAAAGCUGUCUGUGGUAAUCAAAAACUUAAAGCAUUGUUCAAGAAUUAUUUAGGGAAGAAAUUCUGCAUUCUGAGAAGCUCUUCCUUUAUACGAAUGUUUUCAUUCUGAAUGACCUGGUGCAUCAUUUCUCUGAGACCUAAAGGGAUAGGAAUAGUCCUUGGGAACUAAUAGAUAUUUUGGGGGGGAGGAGAGGAAGUGCAUCAUCUAGAGUACAACUUGAUUUCACAUACUAUUUGGGGGAAAAAUUGGUUUAGGAUGUGUCUGACCUAUUCUUGACAGUCUGAUGAAAAACUAUGGAUUUUUUUAUGAAAAAAAAUUUAACUUGAUGUAAAUCAGUAAUGUGAGUAUACCAAAGGAUGCAACUGUGGAUUUUGGAAGAGCGUUUUUAAAAUUUUAUUGAAAAUGAUCACAUAAGUGGUCUUUUCCUUGGGAUGGCAUAACAGCCUUCAACUUUUGUUUCCCUUGUGACUUUGAUACCACUUUUAGAAGUCAGCAGCUAUAAUGCAUAAUGCUGUUACAACAAGAUUAUUACAAGAUUAUGAAGUUGAACUAAAUAGUCCAAAAGCUGGAAUGGUGCUAUAUUUUUGGAUUUACAGUACUAAUAUGCUGCAUUAGUUUUCCCUGUCUGUCUUCUUCAAACUCCUUGGGUUUCAAGUGUGGUGUUUUCUGUUUUCCUUCUCCCCCCGCCCCCUUCUCUCUCUUGGUUUCAGCACUCUACAACAAGUAUGUAAUUUUGGUGAGAGAAUGAUCACACAUCUUUGGGCCUUCCUGGUGUCAUCUAAAACGUUAAUGCUUUUCAGCCAAUGUAAGGUAUUGACUGAUCUGUCUGUCUCCUCAUUUUCUUUCUGUUGGGUAUGUUAUUUUGAGCUUGCAACAAAAACAAUUCUUGAGUCUAGCCAAAAUCUUUGAAACCAUUAAAGCUAUCUGAAGGGUUCAAGACAAAUGUUCAAUUAAAAAUUAAAGUAAUUUCAGAUUUAUACUUGACCUCAAAUGGAUGUCCUUGCCUGCAUUUUGGCAUCCAGCUUCAGAAAAAUUGCUCCUUAAAGGAGCCUGCAUUUGAAGCACCAUGCUUUGAAAGUCUUACCUUGUGCUUGAUUGAAAACUUGCUUUUGUCAUACUGCUUGGUGGGUAUGCAACAUCGCCUUUUGAUAUGGGUAAUUCAUUCUUCUACCUUUUCCUUCCCUACCUCUCGCUCUCCUACAAAGAAAUACACCUAAAACAGCCAAGUCUUUUGGGUCUAACAUAGAAAAGAUUAAAAUUUUAGAAAUUACAUGUGACUUUUUUUUUGAGAACACGUUACAGAGGCUAGAAAGGCAGGAAAAUUUUUAGAAAGAGGAAAGUUAAGUAAAAUCCACCCUCUAAGUGAUGGAGGAGUGAAAUAGAGAGACAGGAAUGCAUUUAAGUAUUAUUAAUGCCUAUUUUAAAAAGGAAGUGGGCUGGAAAAUAGAGCUACAAAUGUCAGUUCCUUAGAGUGAAAUACCAGUGCUUGAAAGAAUUAGAAACACACCCAUUAAAAGCAAAACUCAGAUGUGGUAACUCUGUCUUCAAGCAGCUAGGGAUGGAAUCAAAAUACCUUAGCACCCUAGGUGACUUUCAGUGACUCCUCAGUCCUGGAUGUUAAAGCUAAUGAAUGGAUUUUUCUAAACGUGCUAUGUAUAAGGUAGUGCUAAGAGGAAACAUUCAGUAUAUGCAGUUAUUGGUCACUGUGCAACUGCUGCCGUGAGUAAAUGGCGUGAAGUGUGUUAAUGAAUUGAUACUGCUAGUGAGCUCUCAGAGGAUGAGUAAUUGGGCACUGAGUGGUUACAGCAGAGUUGGCAGUUGAAGUGUGUUAAUCACAGUGAUGACUUUAAUAGCAUUUAAUAGACACUUAUCUGAAUUCAAAGCCAGAUGAGAUAUUGCUCUUUUUAAAAGCAUUUCUAGUGCUAUUAGCUUUCUGUCAUGAAGAGCCACUAAAAUUUCUAUGGUGUGUGGGGGGUUUUUUUUGGGGGGUGGGGUGGGAGGGCCAGGAGGGAUUGGCCGUUUGGAAAAGUUCUUGCUCUUGCUUUCUGAAUUCUGUUAAUAAGUGAAUAAGUUGUUUGCAUUAGAAAACCCAUUUUCAGUUGAUAGUUUAAGGGAAAGCAGCUGUUUGGGGUUGAAACAUUGCUCCCAGAAAUCCUUUUAAAACAAACGAAAAGGUAUUUUCAAAAGGGGUGCCUGAGGAAGCAGGUAUUUCUAAAUGGUAUUGCCCCAAAGGCCUUAGCUUUUAAGGAACCAGCAAAUGCUGUCAAUAUGUAAAGCGGUUAUUGGGGUUGGUUGAGCUUGUUAAACUUUAAAUUAAGACUGCAACUCUACUGUGUAUAGGUGAGGUUUUGUUGGCUAGGUUACUCUGAUCCUUGUGGAUGCAGGUACUCAGUGCAUAGCGCAAGAUGGGGUAUAUUUGUUUUUGUAGUACUGAAGUAUCAAACAAAUGCUCUAGGGAGAAGGUGGGGGGAAUGUUAGCCACAACACAGCAUAUUGCAGAUGAUUCAUAUGUAAUUUAGCUCCAGUUAAGCCUGAAUUAAAUUUCCCUUCUUAGUUCUAUUCUAUUACUGCAUAGCUGUCCCUUUCCAAAGUGGGCCUGUGCUGUCAAGCAAAAUCCUACUAGGAAGUACUGGUCCCAGUCCCCUUUGUCAGGAGCAAACAACUCUUGAUGGACAAAAUCUCUUUCAGGAAGGGUGGGAGAGGGAGAAAAGGGAGUUUUCAAAUGACUGCAAAACUUCCUAAUCUAUGCUAAGUUAUGUAUUCUCUCUAAACAUUUUUAUAGCUCAUCUGGUACCAUUUGAAUAACGAUGCUAAAGAUGAUCGCUUUUCCGCCAAACUGGUCUUAAUCUUUAAAACCGACAGCACAGAAAACAUGAGCAUAGUCCUCCCUGCUUUCCCAAAUCUAGCCACUAAAACAGCUGGCCCUGCUGAGUUUUUGUUUUGUAAUGUAGACAGCACUAAGGGCUAAGCCAGCCACUUCCCGCAUAUGUUUUGAUUGUUUUUAAUAUAUUUGUUGGAUUCUACUUUAGCUAAAGGUAUUUCUAUUGAUUUCAGUCAUGUCAUCUGAAAAGCAUUCAAAUGGAGAUGUGAGGAAGUGGAUCUGAACGUGUAUCUGUCAGAGACACUUCUAAAAGGCCUAUCAGCUCAUUUUAAGGCAGUAUUUUAAGAUCUUCACCUUAUCUCACUGAAUAGCAUGGGAAGCCAAAAGCUUACAGAGAAUCCUUUAAACCUUUACCUUGCCGUGACCCACCAGAACCUGCAAGCGCACAAGGCCUCCCCUAAGCCAUUUCAUGUUGCCAGUUUAAUGUGUAGGUUUUCCAAUCUGUGCAUGCUGCUGCUGGUGCACACAAAAAUAAACAAAAGACAGCUGUGUUGGCAGCCUAGGAAAUUUAGCAAGAUGCAGCUUUUGUCAAACAGAAGAGAGUAAAAUCAAUAGAGAAAGAAAUGUUUGCAUUCCAAGAAGCUUGAAAACAAUGGAAUAAAAAAAUGCAACCUCAAAGAGUUGGCAGUGCACUGUCAACUUAAAACCACUGUUUCAAGCAAAUGAAUUUGUCUGCUUUGUAAUGUUUGCUUUAUUUUGCUAACAAACUGCCUUUAGCCAAGGUUUCAUGUCUUUUUGCUGAUACGCCCUUUUUAGUCUGGAGAAGAUAUAUUUAACUUUCUGAGGAGCUGAAUGAAUCUGGGUUUUGUGACUAUUCUAGUUAGAUUAUGAUUAUUGAAUUUUCUCUCAACUGUUAAGCCUGAUUACUGAUUCCCAGCAGAUGUUAAUAUAGCAAGUACUGACCUUAUUAAUGAUUUGAAUGGCUCUGCAUUGCCAUGCACAAGAACAUCAGUUGUUCCUGUUCUAGUGGAUCACUUCAUAAAGUUUGUUACCAUUUGGAUGGCAGUGCAUUAGGCAUGUGGAAGGCUUGUCACUAUGGCAAAUGGAGCUGGAAUGUCUGACCAUUACUGCCAGGAGGAGGUAUUUAUCCUAUCACCUAAAGAGUGGUGAUUCCUUUGGGAUAUCUAAGCAUAGAGAUAACAGCUAGGAAACUAGAGGGAUCUUAUGGGGGCCUUCUCAGGGCAAUUAGAUACUGUGGCUUCUCUUUUGUAUUGCUGUUUCCUAACUCUGUGAAAAGGCUUAAAGUUCUGCUUAAUAUGGGAUGGUUAAUGCUGCUAUCUUUUUUUUUCCUUGUGGGUUUGAAAUUUUUAACCCCCAACAAAACAAACAUCUAGCUAUUAUUAAAAAUAGGAAAAUUUUAUGCUGAAAGCAUAUAGCUUUUCUUAUUUCCUCUUCUGAAAAAAUCAGUCCUGCUCUAACUCCUCCUUAUUCUCUUCCCAGUCUCCUUUUUCUUCUACCUUGUAUGUGCCAGCUGAAAAAAAAAAUGCUGCUUCAGAGACAUUAAACUCCAUUGGCUGUUAAGUUGCUGUAGUUGCCUUUUUGUAAUUUGUAUUUCAUCUGUGUUUGUAGUGAGUGCGAUCUGAUUCUUGGAGGUCUGCAACUCCAAGAGUGUAGAAAGUACCAUGUCAGCUAGGAAGAUGCAAGACUACAACUGGUGUCUUUUUGACACUCACCAGUAUUGGAUAUGCAGGAGGAAAAUCCUAUUAUUUGCAUGUUAUUACAUAGGAGUACUUAUGCUUGCUUCAGGAAACAGGAGCUCUCUUAUCCUGACUACAGGACUUGAGAAGUGUUCUUGUCUCUGUAUCCUUUUGUUCCAGCAGAAUUGUAUUUUUAACCGUUUGCACUGUUUAGGGGAAAAACAAAACAAAGCCCACUUUCCAAGUUUCUUUACCUCCUCAGUUCUCCUUCUUUCCUGCCUACCUGACUGAACAGACAAGUUGGUAACUGUAGCAUACUAUGUGGCUAAUCAGCCUUUCAGCUAAUGUAAUUCUGCAGUGUCUGGUCAGUAUGAGAACUUCAAUCCUGUACUUACUUAGCGGUAAAUUAGACUUUUGUAACUACUUCUGCUGACUUAAAAAUAUGUGUUCUUAUCAGUAUUAAAAUAGUCCAAGAGCGGAACUGUUGCUUUAGGCACAUUUCUUGCCACUGUGUUGGCUAACGAACCUUGCAUGAAAGUAAGAGGGCCAGUGACUUUGAAAUAGGAGCUGUUAGCCAAGCGUUGUGGAAUCCUAGUCCUUAUUUAUUUUGUAUGUUAAUCUGCACUUGUGACCUUAAGCAGAAGAGCUGUGUUACAGCAGGUUUUGUAAGCUGUGGCUUAACCAGUUAUCUAGUUCCUUAAAACUCUUCUUAUUCAAGCUGACUGGUUUAGUGCACAAGUCAAAAACCUGUUGUUAGUGAUCAUUACAUGCUAUGCAUAUUGUAUGUUUGUUUAUGUGGAUUGUUCUAAUAGUGCUUGUGUGUAUUUUGCUAUAUUACUGUAUUUUAUAUAUAUAUUUAUAUAUAUAAAUAUAUAUAUAAUGUAUUGCAUGAGGUUUAAUUGUUGAAUUUUUUUGUAUUGUCACUUUUGUAUUCACAGAGUGCCUCAUGUAUCUAUUUGCAUAUUGCAAGGAAUGUUUCAAAGCAAUGAUUGGAAACAAGUGGGGAUAAGAGCUCUCCAAUGUAGGAUCUGAUGUUUUUUGAAGUAUUAAUAAAGCAUAGUGAUUUGGA